CGCUCUUCUCCCUCGCCCGCGCGGCGACGACGCAGGGUUUUCUGUCGGGGGAUUUUUUCGUCGCCGACUCGCCGGCGUCCAAGAUGAGGCCGGUGUUCGUGGGAAACCUGGACUAUGACACCCGUCACUCGGAGCUCGACCACCUCUUCUACCGCUACGGCAGGAUCGAGCGCAUCGACAUGAAGUCAGGAACUACCAGGGCAAACAUAGCUCCACCGGGGCUCCUCAACUCCUGAAAUGCCUUCCAUUCACUCACCCGGCCAUCAUUUUCUUCGCUUGAAACCAUCCGUUCAUGUGCACUGCUGUACACUGUUACUACUGCUUGAGCAUGUUUAACAGGACUGUGAUUCGUGCCAUGCCAUCAGUACCAUCAUGCCAUGCCAUGCCAUGCCAUGCCAUGACUAGAAGUAUCACCAACAUGACAAUGUGCUACUUGUACUGUAUUGAUAAGCAAGAGUUCCAUUUAUGGCGAAGCAUGUUCAAUGUCACCAGUCAUUAUUUCUUACUUUGGAUAUAAGUUGUUCAACUCCAUGCUUAGCUCUGAUCAUGAAUGGAAUCUACCUCUGUAGUGCUCUUCAUAUCAUCAGAACUAUGCAGGUGCAGUACCUUUCUGAUUCUUUUAGGUUUGGACUUUGGAUAUACUGACGAGUUGUUGCUGUAAAGCAGAUGUAAUUGUCUUCUGUGAUUGUUGGGACAUUGGUUAUACAAUUUCUCCACAUCUGACUUGAAUGUUUACAUAUGUAGGAUUUGCUUUCGUUUACUUUGAGGAUGAGCGUGAUGGUGAUGAUGCCAUACGGGCUCUUGAUGGUUAUCCCUUUGGCCCUGGCAGACGCAGGCUUUCAGUGGAGUGGUCAAGGGGUGAUCGAGCUGCUAGACGUGAUGGUGAUAAACCAGCAGCAAACACUAAGCCCACUAAGACAUUGUUUGUCAUCAACUUUGACCCAAUCAACACAAGAGUCAGUGAUAUUGAAAGGCACUUUGCACCAUUUGGGAAUAUAUCAAAUGUUCGGAUAAGGAGGAACUUUGCUUUUGUCCAGUUUGGAACAAUGGAAGAAGCCAGAAAAGCUCUUGAAGCUACUCAUGCUACCACCCUUUUGGAUAGAGUGAUUUCUGUGGAGUAUGCCUUUAGGGAUGAUGGUGAAACAAGUGAUAGAUAUGACAGCCCUAGAAGAGGUGGUGGCUAUGGUAGGCGUGGGGAUAGCCCGUAUCGCCGUUCUAUUAGCCCAGUGUACCGGUCACGACCUAGUCCUGACUAUGGUCGCCCACCAAGGUCACGACCUAGUCCUGACUAUGGUCGCCCACCAAGUCCUGUGUAUGGUUCGUAUGGCAGGAGCAGGAGUCCUGUUCGUGAUCGCUAUAGGAGAUCUCCUGGUUACCGAUCAAGAUCCCCACCUGCCAAAAGAAGAGCUUAUGACUAAUUCAGAACUCUCAGCUAUAGUAGUUGGGGCUGGGAGCUUGUAUCUGCUAUUUCCUAGUGUUAUAUCAACUAGUAGCAAGGAUUAUUGUGCCGUGUUUUGAAGUGGACCGGUUAAGCUAUGUGCCUAUGUCAGAGAUUUUAGUUUAUACAGUAUUGUUAUCUGGCUGUUAUAGUGUGUUCUCUA